AUGCCAAACAAUUCAAUGUUCUCCGAAGCUGAAUGGAACCUGCUUACUUGGAUGGCUACCGAAGCUCAUCCUCAAGGACAGAUGAACGCAGUUCUUGGCUUGAUGGGAAAUACUGUUAACCCCCGUGACCUUGGUGGUCUCCCUGUCAACGCUAACCAGAUGGGUAUCAACCCCAUUCCGGCCAAUGAAGUACCUCCCCCUGAUGACUUGUUGUUGCCGACAAACAACAUCCCCGUACUUAACGAACCUCCCAAUGAUCAUCUCCCUGCUGAUGGUGGAGAAGCACCCUUGAUGGACGAUGCUGAAUGGGAUAAGUGGCUUCAUGAUGAGGGGUUGGACGAGUUGUUUACACAGAUGGAGGGAAAUCCUGCCGAUGGGCAGUCAGAGGUCAGUGGAAUAAGUAUCAUUGCUCAAGCUGGAUCCCCUGCGGGUGGUGUAGGUACAACCGAUGGAAACCCCAUCAACAUCACCCCUCAAGAGUCUGUUCCUCUCGACGGGCCAAUCCGUUCUUCACAGCAAACUCUCUCUCCCAUCACUCUUGCGCGUUAUGCCCGGGCUGAGGAGAUUGCCAAAUAUGGGGUUAUUCGAGCCAUCAAGUGCAAGAAUUGUUCCAGCGUGAAGGGUAAAUGUCCUGAUUGUAUCCAAUUCAAGCGCUUCAGCCCAUGUCUACGCUGUACUCGAAUGGGAAGGACUUGUAAUUUGAUUUACGAAAAGGGUGAAGAAGAACCGGUGGUGGAGAUCAGGCGUAACCCCAAGCGUAAAGCAAGGGGUGAUCCUAGGUCCCCCGAUAUCCAGUACCUUGGUAUGGCACAAUCGUCGUUCACCAUGGAUCCUGGACCCUCUACAAUCCCUGUUCCAAUGAAUCCCAUGCCAGGUACUUCCUUGUCAGGAUAUGUUCCACCUUUUCCAACUUAUCGUGCUCUCUCUGUCAUGCAGAUGUCCGAACAUCUUGCCUUUCUCCAUCAGUGGAAUCAAGCGGCAACUGCUCAUGAGGAUCAUGCUCGUCUUACACGAUGGCAGAUGAUUGCUCAAGUGCAGAAUAUGAUUGAUGAUGCUAAACGUGACAAAGAAGACGAAGAGGAUGAUGAUGAGUAA